CACCAAGCUGGUGGGUAAUCGCCAUGUCGGUGUGAUGUGCUAGCUCGGAAGUGUUUUGUGCCGCUGUCAUGGUUCGUUCGCUAAACUGCAUCAUCGCUGUGUCCCAGAACAUGUGCAUCGGUAAGAACAGGGACCUGCCCUGGCCUCCGCUCAGGAAUGAAUACAGGUAUUUCCAAAGAAUGACCACAACCUCUUCAGUAGAAGGUAAACAGAAUUUGGUGAUUAUGGGUAGGAAGACCUGGUUCUCCUUUCCAGAGAAGAAUCGACCUUUAAAGAACAGAAUUAAUAUAGUUCUCAGUAGAGAACUCAACGAACCUCCACAGGGAAUACAUUUUCUUGCCAAAAGUCUGGAUGAUGCCUUAAAACUUACUGAGCAACCAGAAUUAACAAAUGAAGUGGACAUGGCUUGGAUAGUGGGAGGCAGUUCUGUUUACAAGGAAGCCAGGAACAAGCCAGGACAUCUUAGUCUAUUUGUGACAAGGAUCAUGCAGGAAUUUGAAGGUGACACAAUUUUUCCAGAAAUCGAUUUGGAAAAAUAUAAACUCCUCCCAGAAUAUCCAGGGGUUCCUUCUGAUGUCCAGGAGGAGAAAGGCAUUAAGCACAAAUUUGAAGUAUAUGAAAAGAACAAUUAAUGUGAAAAUGUUUUCUGAUC